CCCAUUCGACGAUAAACAUUGCGACCUGACCUGCAGCACUUUCAGAGAGAGGCAUUGCUACGUGACUGAGGCCGAGUCGUGUCCACAGUCGUAAUUUCUGCAAAAUUGAAAUUGACUCACGAGCAUCAGAUGCCCACACUAUGGUGAAGCAUUACCCCGUUUCAAAAGGAAGAGACGCAAACCUGUCGCUCUGAUAUCGGCCUCUAACAUCGGAAAGCCGUUAGCUUUGGCAGCUAAGGCAAGCUAGCUAAGUUAGCUGUUACGUUAGCUACGUAUUCUCGUUUUUUUUUUACCACACGCAACUGACCUCCACCACAACACAGGCGUACUGAGUUUAAUUUGUUUGCUAGGUUGGGGUCGUUAUUCUCCUGUGUCUUCACGUUCGCUCCCAUUGUCCCCGCGUGGUGCCCCGUGGACGGUUCCCGAAUAUGAUACAUAAUGAGUCAAAGAGAUACCUUGGUUCAUCUGUUUGCUGGAGGAUGUGGGGGCACGGUAGGAGCCAUAUUGACUUGUCCACUGGAAGUAGUGAAGACCCGUUUGCAGUCAUCCUCCAUCACCCUCUAUGUGUCUGAAGUUCAGCUGAGUACUGUCAACGCGGCCAGUGUGGCCCGCGUGUCUCCGCCAGGCCCCCUGCACUGCCUCAAGUUGAUAUUGGAGAAAGAAGGGCCUCGCUCUCUCUUCAGGGGUUUGGGGCCAAACUUGGUGGGUGUGGCACCAUCCAGAGCAAUCUAUUUUGCUGCUUACUCCUCUGCCAAAGAGAAACUGAACGGUGUUCUGGAACCCGACUCCACGCAGGUGCACAUGCUGUCGGCUGGAAUGGCAGGUUUUACAGCCAUCACAGCAACCAAUCCAAUAUGGCUCAUAAAGACCCGUCUACAACUAGAUGCUAGGAAUCGUGGCGAGCAAAGGAUGAGUGCAUUUCAGUGCAUGCGGCGGGUGUAUCAGACAGAUGGCCUGCGUGGCUUUUACAGGGGUAUGUCGGCAUCCUACGCCGGUAUCUCAGAGACUGUGAUCCACUUUGUGAUCUAUGAAAACAUCAAACGUCGCCUCUUAGAGGCCAAGGCGCCGCAGAACAUGGACGAGGAAGAAGAGACGUCCAAAGAUGCUUCCGACUUUAUCGGGAUGAUGCUUGCUGCUGCCACCUCCAAGACCUGUGCCACGUCUAUCGCUUAUCCCCAUGAAGUGAUCCGCACCAGGCUACGUGAGGAGGGCACCAAGUAUAACUCCUUUUUCCAGACUCUGACAACAGUGCCCAAAGAGGAGGGCUACCGCGCCCUGUACCGCGGCCUCACCACGCACCUGGUACGACAGAUCCCCAACACCGCCAUCAUGAUGUGCACCUACGAGUUGGUUGUCUACCUCCUAAAUGGUUAAAGUCUUGCCCCUCCCCCAAUGUAGACAGUAUCUGUAACCCUGCCCAUGUUCAGAGACGGAGAAAAGAGAAGGACAGCCAACCACACACACACACCAGCCAGCACAUGAACCUGCUUGCCAGAAGAGGACCGAGACCGCAGCAUGACCUUUAUCUCAAUGGUGCGCAAGUGGUUGUGAAAAAAACCAGUUAGGAGUAGUUUUGUUUUAUGACCAAAGGUUCUGGCACAGGGACGAGGAUUGAGAAGUUCUUCACAUUGGUUUGGGGUUCUUGGGUUUAGCAAUGGCAAAGAAAUGGUUGUCCGAUGUUUACUUUUAUUCCAUCUUUUUCUCCUUUGUUUCUGGGAGCUCCGAUUCAGAGUGCCGAAGAAAGAGCAAGGGUAUAUAUUCAGCCUCCAACAAUACUAAUAAUAAAAGACAAGUACAGUAAUUCCAAUCCUUACCACCUAGUAGAUAUAAGACUAUAUAUCACAGCAGUAGGCUUUUGCUGUCAUGCUGAUGAAAUAGUUUAAAAACAAUAUUUUAUUGCUAUCAUGCGGUGUUCCCAGCAUGAAGUACCGUUAGAAGACCAGAAUACAAAGAUGCCAGACUCUGAGGUGAGCCCAAGUAUCUGCUUCUGGGGGGGGCUUUCGAGUUAGCGAAGAAGAAAUCGUUGCUUGAGGCUGGUUGAGGUAGGAUUAAUGGAGGACAAGGGGUGACGUUGGGGAGGGAGGUGAAUGGGAGACGUGCCUUGCGUGAAGAUAUGAUGUAGACUGAGAUGGACAAUGGAUGUAGGAGGAAGAGGCGCUCUGGUUGACCAGUCACAAACAAAACUUGUAGAGAUGUAGAGUCGUACACUGGUAUUAUGUGAUUACAGGUGCCGUUAAGGAGAACCUUUCGCACAUAUUGAACGCAGACUCACUCACCCAAACUUUGUCAGAAGUACCAAAUACUGGUCCCAAUAUCAUAACACAAUUGACACGCAUUUACAGCUUUUUACACAGAAUAACUUUAUGGUUGAUAGCUGCUUGCUUAUAAUAAGUGAAGUCUACAUAUUCAAAUGGAACUUUGAAACUGUUUACCUGUCUGUGAAAGAAGAGUAUUCACUAAGGUUAUAUGGCAGGUAAAAAGUCCCCAAACCAGAAUAUAAUUACUGUUAUAACUACUGGAAUGUAAAAAACUGGAGGAAUAACUUCACUGAAGGCAAGGAAGAUGAAAACACUGACCCAUGUUGUGAACUAAAAUAUAUAAAAUUAACAAAGCUAAACAAAUUGUUGUAUUGAUAGAUAUAUAAUCCCUACAUAACACCAUUGUGUUGCAUUUGUCUGCUCAGAAAUGGCACAAUGCAAACAUACAGGAGUAUGGUACAGGAGAAUGGGUAUUUGCCUUUUUAGUUGUUACCUUUUGCUUAAACGACAAUUUUGUUCUUAUAGCACUUUUCGAUAUCUUUCUCUAGAAUCACCCCCCUCGGUUGGAGAAUCCAGGCUAGUUUUACAGGCGAGGACAAUCCUCUUGAGUUAACUCUGAAAACUUGUUUAGCCAGUUUGCGUGAAAAAGUGGCCUGAAAUAUGCUCUUCAUAAGCGCACAUUAAUUCAGUACAGACCAGUAUAUUAAAAAAAAGAACAGUAACCACUUUGUUUCCCUAUCCUUAUUCAGUUGUUGUUGUUUUAGAAAACAGUUGAACUGCAUUACAACCAGUUUUAAAAUAAGAAAAAGAAGAAAAAAAAAAGGAUACAGCUAUGUUGUUUGUCAGUGUUUCACUGUAUGAAAUGUAGGAUGUCCUUGUCAUGGAAUGGAAAGGUACUUGCUCUCUGCUUGGAUCCAUUUUUUAUGUCAAACGGUUCUACAGCCCAAAACAGUGUUUUUGCUGUCAGCUCAUUGAUCUUAUUAACCACAGAUUUAACUUUUGCUCUGGAAUCACAUAACGCGAGAACCUAGCCUGUUGAUUGAUGUGCAUUUUCACCACAAGCUGCAAACCUAAAGGACAUUGAUUAGCCCACAACGCUAACUCAUUUUUACCAUCAGGAGCUGUUGCGGUUAUUCCUGCACUGCAGUGUAUUUAAACUCACUUUGAAAACCUUUCCAAACGCUUCCCUGCUUAAUGCGUCACAGUGCUGGUGUGCAGCAGUGAGCGUGCCCGGCUCCGGGGGAAUGGAAGGGCGGGAAAGGGAAAUAAUGCCUGCUUUCUCAUGAGGCGCCAUUGUAUGUGAGAUAGCAGAAACAGCGACAGUGUGUGGCCCUCAAACAGCCUCAGAUGCUUUUCUUCACUGGAAUUAUUGAUGUAAUCCUCAAUGUGAACACUUCUCAGUGUUACUGCACACAUGAAGGAAGCAUUAGAUUAGCCUCAUUGUGCAAAUCUUAUCAGAGAUGUAUUAAGACAUACAUUCAGUACCAUCAACACACGCUAUUGAUGUAGUGAGACAGGAGUCCAUGGGUGCUGCUAAUAGUGAUUGGUGCUGGCUACCAUGGAUUUUAUAACAGGAUCGAUAGACAGUCCAUGCACAUAGUGUGAGUUGAUUGUAACUGUAUCGUUAUAUGCAUCUCUUUCACGUGUGUCUGUCAUAUGAUGCAUUAUUCCCUGCAUCCCAUGGUUAUUCUUUUUCACUCACAUGUUUGCAUCGUGUGCCAGUUAAUGUGUGUGUAUGUGUUUAGCGUGUGCUUGCUUAAACGACAGUCAUAUGUCAUUCGGUCGUGUCUUGUGUGUGAGAGACCGUACGAGUAUGUAUGUACUCACAAUAGCUGCAAACAGUGUUGUUUUUAUCUUUUUAAAUAAAUUGUUGCCUUUUCCUAAUGCCCAUUUAUUUUGUUUUUCCAUGUUGUCAUCGAUGAGCCCACAGUGUGUGAGUGUGGCUCGGCCUAUGCAUUCUCAUAACUGUUUUUGUAAAACAAAAAGCCAAUAAAAUGGAAAGUGUAAGUAUAA